AUGAAUGAGUCCGCUAACCAGGCUGUGAAAGUCAGUGAAAUGGAAAACGUAGUAAUGUAUACUACAGCAAGCGCCAGCAGAAGGCCAUGGAAGAGCUCAUGGUUUGGUUGUGUUUGCUUUCAGGCUCCUCCAGCAAAGGUAGAAGAGGUGGUGAAGUUUGCUAUUGAUGCAGGCUACCGCCUCUUCGACUGUGCCUAUUUCUACCAAAAUGAAAAUGAAAUAGGGAAUGCAGUCCAGCAGAAGAUCAAGGAGGGGGCUGUGAAACGGGAAGACCUCUUCAUUGUCACUAAGUUGUGGAACACAUUUCAUGAGAAGUCCCUGGUUAAGGUAGCGUGCAAGAAGAGCCUCGCUGCACUGCAACUGGACUACCUUGACCUCUACUUGAUACAUUUCCCCAUGGGAUUCAAGGCUGGUGAAGAACUGCAUCCUGUGGAUGACAAGGGUAUGAGUAUCCCCAGUGAUACCGAUUUUCUGGACACAUGGGAGGCCAUGGAAGAGCUGGUGGACUGUGGUCUGGUAAAAGCCAUUGGUAUCUCCAACUUUAACCAUGAGCAGAUUGAAAGAAUCUUGAACAAGCCAGGACUGAAAUACAAGCCAGUAAAUAACCAGAUUGAAUGUCAUCCAUACCUAACCCAGGAAAAGUUGAUCAAGUACUGUCAAUCCAAAGGGAUUGCUGUGACUGCGUACAGCCCUCUUGGCUCUCCUAACCGCCCAUGGGCCAAGCCAGGAGAACCUGUGCUGCUGGAUGAUCCCAAGAUUAAAGAGAUUGCAGUUAGACAUCAUAAAACCCCUGCCCAGGUUCUGAUCCGGUUUCUUAUCCAAAGAGACGUGAUUGUGAUUCCCAAGUCUGACAAACCACAGCGUGUUGAGGAAAACAUCCAGGUGUUUGACUUUGAACUGUCUGAAAAGGAGAUGGAUGUCAUCCUCAGCUUCAACAGGAACUGGAGGGCAGUUCCAGUGCUCCAAGCUGUCAAUCACAAGGACUACCCAUUCAAAGCAGAAUAUUAA